AUGCUGGACGAACCUCACGACCAGUGCAGCGAUGCCCCAGUGGUCAUUGUCGACGACAGGCAGGAUAAUAUUGUCCCCGUGGAUCCAAGUCCUCAAGAUUUGACCGUCACCGCCAUAGUAAAAGUCGUCGACGCUACUCCGAAGACCACUACUAGUACGGCACCUGUCAUUCAACCUCCAAUGGACACAGCUUCUCCUCCCUCGAAUUUACAAGAACCCUCUGAUGAUGCAAGCAUCCACAGCUUGCCCGUCGUAGCUGCUCAGACUCCCUCAGUUCAAAUGCCCACUGCCAUAUCUACAGAACAGUCUCCGGAACCCAGUAAUAGACUCAUUGAAAGAUCAACCUCAAUCCGAAACAAUCGCAGGUCUGUUAUGGAUACACGCCCCUCCAAUCGUCUCUCUGGCUUUUGGUCAAAUUUAAUACAUCGGAGGGACACCAUUACCCCAUCUUCUUCACGAACAUCUGCCCGAGACGAUAGACCGCAGUCAGCCGACCCGGUUCAGUCCGAUUCUAACUCCAGAUCUCCAUCCCCUACUCCUGCAAGACCCCUUACCCCUCCACCUUCACUCGCCCCUCCAACUCUGAGAGAGCUCGGUCUCUCCCUAUCAGUCGUUACAGAAGAUCUAUCCCCUUCACAUUUUACUACUCCUCCUACUAGUGGGACUUUUAUGGCACCCCACUACCUUCUCCUCUGCCAUGCCCAAGGACUUGAUGUCCUUCCUCUCAUAUCUCCCCCAGCCGCUCAUCCUUACGCACUGGUGCGCAGGGUCAGCUUUAAGAGCGUGGUGGUCAUGGAACAUCGUGGUGUAUUAGUAGCCAUAGCAGGCAGACGAGAUGGAGUUCGUGUUUAUGCUCUAGAGGAGGUCAAAAAAGCCGUAGAGUGGCGAAUGGAGGUCGAGACUCGCAGAGAACGUGAAAGAUCCAGGAGGGAGGAGUCAAAGAAGGGGGGAUCUGGCAAUUCCAGUGUAGAUCAACGUGAUCCAACGGAGGCGAAAUUCAAGUCAUUAUCACGCGCAGCCCAGGUCCCCAAGGCGGAAAAGGUACUCAGGAAGUCGUCAUUUACGACAACCGUAACGCAGAAAUUACCCAGGCCGCCCACACUCCAACCUGUUACGCCCCGCCAGCCAGUCGACCAGCCCCCACCUUAUUCUACAAUAACGGAAACUACUCGACCCCGAUUGCAGGCACAAGCAUCCACCAUUUCGAUAAACCUCUCAAGGUCCCGUCGUUCCUCCCUUUCUCACGUAGUCGUCCCUCCCAUCCCAUCCCUACCUAAUGUGGGUUCCGGAACAGAGCAGGAAAACCCAAUGACCAAGAGUGCAGAUUGGCUUGAGGCAAGCGACGACGAGGCCAUCGAUAUGCUAACCGCAGGUGCAAGCGGUAGUCAGGCUUUGGAUGAACGCACUAGCGCUAUCCCCCCACCCCGAAAUAGCGAUACUGUAGAAAAUGGUUCUACGUCACUCCCUGUGCGCAGUCAAGCCACAUAUUCUAGUCGAAGGAACCGUCCUGCGAACUUAGAUCUGACUCUGGCGCAACCGAACACGAUACUCGCUCAACCCCCUGAACCAUCGCCAACCCUGUUGACCAUUCGUCAAGCAUUGCAGAGCUCUCCACCUAAUAUCCGCACAACACCUCCAACGCCGGCUUCCACUGAUGAGCCAUCUCAAAGACGUUCUGUUCCGGACAUCGAUUUAGAUGAUGACGAUGACGACGGUGCGACUGGUACAAUUGACCGUAUAACGCUUGUUCAGGCCCUUUUGGAGAGUAGAGUCCCGGACCUCCCACCAGCAGGGACAACGAGACCACAAGCUCCUAUUAUGAUCGGGGCAACUCCAUCAGUUACAGAUGAUGAAGUGCCGCUCAGUCCUUCAUUACAGGAUGGUCGCUCUUCGCUGGGCCGCCCGAGCAUCGCGAGUCGUCCUGAAAGGCGGAGAAGGAGGUGGUCAGUAUUCGCCGGCAUCUUCAACGGCAGUGGUUCAGCCGAUGCGCCCCGUCCCAAUGUCCCUGUUAUGUACGAUACUCCCCUGGGAUCCCCCACAUCUCUAACAUAUCCGACAAUGCCCAUACCAGAGGCCGAUGAAAGACCUCUGACUCUGACACGUUCAGCUUCAACACGUUCACGUCCCACAGAACCUCUUCAGCUCGCUCCUCGUCCUUCGACGUCAGGAGGACAUAGCGUCUCCCCUUCCGUCAACCGACCACCUUUACCCACUGCCCCUCCAUAUCCGACAACCCCUUCCCACUCUCGCCUUAUUCCUCGCAUUAUAAGCAAUGCAUUCAGUUCCAGGAGGUCUGACGAGCGGCCUCCAGCGCUAGUACUCACAGAACCUGAAAGGAGGAAUGGAUCACAGACUCCAACAACACCACUACCCCCGCCAAAGCUAGACUACGUGAAGCUACCGGGUACGAAAGGUUCUCUUAUUAUCAAGGCCGUGGAGACGCCAAAAAAGAGCUUCCUUGCUAUACUUUGCGGAGAAAAUGGCGAAAAGGUCGAGCUUUUUGCCGGGACGUAUCGAACAGCCUUAGGUCUUUCUCGCACCUUUAUUCUUCCCGAUUCACCGCGUUCUUUGGAACUUCAACUGCAGGGUGAUGACCUUGUCGAAGUUUUUCUUGUUUUUUCUCAGAACGUCUUUGGGCUGGAACCUGCAACAGUAAGAGUUCGCGAGGUUCGAAUUGGUCGAGCCGAGCGACGUGCAGCUCGGCGAAGAGUUCGAGAAAUACGUUCGGGUCAGCCAGAUGUCCUUGACACGGAUCCGCCUGCGCAGGAUGACGAGGAUACCAACAUCAGUAUCGGCGGUCGACUUUCAUUACCAUCCGGCGAGGACCCGUCUAGGAAUAAUUCUAAUACUAAUCUCCCAGACGCACCACUGUCUCAAUCGCAUACACCAACUGGUAGUGCCCCUGGAUCUGCUCUUGCACAUGCUGAAGAGCUUGUAGCACUAGCUUCUGCUCCCCUUGGACCAUAUACCACCUUCCAACAGUUGUCCUAUGCGCCGAAGUUGCCUUUGGCUACCAUCGCUGAUGACUACAUCAUUCCACCAACAUACCCGGAGUUCCUUGACUACCGCGCCGAGCAUGAACCCGAUGCUCAAGGUACUGCCAAUGUUGACCUAGCAUCCAUUCAAUUUUCCCCACCUGGCCUACCCAUGCCAGCACCAGCACCGCCUUCCAGAUGGUUUUACCGCGAUCCGAAAGGGGUUGUCCACGGACCCUGGAAAGCAAGCCUUAUGCAAGCAUGGUACAAGGAUGGGUUGCUUCCCCCAGAUCUACCAGUUCGUAAAGAGGAUGACAAAGAGUUCAUGUUGCUCAAGGAUCUGAGACAGCAGUGCGUUGAUCCUUCCCAUCCAUUCCGAUCAGCAACUCCGCUAUCGGCGGCCCAGCAUGCUCCUCCUGCGUUGGAUGCUGCCAAACCUCUCUUGGCCCCAAUAUCUCUUCUCGUCCAGCCUCGACAUUUCGGCCCGCCUGCAUUGUUUUUCUCUUCGCGUGGCGGGCACAGCACCUCCAUAGUCGACGCUCGCGGUCGGGCUGUUCUCAAAGGCCGCUUUAUCUGGAGCACAGACAACGCUGACGAAUCGAAAAUGAUUUCCCGUAUGGGGGAUGUGAAGCGUGUGGAGGCUUUUGACGUCAAAGACCGCUCUGUCCUUGUGGCUAUGCGCCAAGGGGGCGUGGAAGCAAUGGAUUUCGGUGACGCGUUGCUCAAACCUGCGGAUGAGUCGCGCACCUUGCUGCCUCAAUUUGCACCGCCGCCAUCGAAUAUCAACAGACGUGGACCAUUCGUUUGGAAGAUAGGCACUCCUAUCGGUACCUCCACAUCAGGUGCUGCUGCCCUGUCGUCAAAGACCAAAGGUUCGGGCUAUCUUGGGAAGAAGCCAAGUUAUACGACUGGAAAAUCUCCCGCAAGAGCAGAGUUUAAUGGUACGGGAGAUGGGGACACUGAGAGCACAGAUGAGGUGCUCUUUCUUGGGCGUCAGGGAGAUGAGGUUUACCUAUGCGAACGCAACACUGGUGCAUUCCGGAUAUUGCGACUGUGUCCCGAUUUGUCGUGA